AUGGAGUUUUCAUCUCUCAAUUCCUCGGCUGCACCCACCACCGCUGUCCGCGGUGUCACAGUCCCCUCAGAAAACCAAUCUGCCGCUUCCCCAGCCCUUAACGAGAUCACCAUCUCCACCGAUCACCCUCCUCUCCGUGUCAUCCCUGGUUCCUAUGGCAUUCCCUUUUUCGGUCCAAUCAAAGAUCGACUCCAGUAUUUCUACGGCACCGGCGGCCCAGUCGAGUUCUUCAAGUCCCGUGUUCAGGAAUUCCAGUCGACAGUGUAUCGGACCAACAUGCCACCUGGCCCUUUCAUCAGCAGCGACCCAAAAGUCAUCGUCCUCCUCGACGCCAAAAGCUUUCCCAUUCUCUUUGAUGUAUCCAAAGUGGAAAAGAAAGACGUGUUCACCGGAACCUACAUGCCCUCCACCAAACUCACCGGAGGCUACCGUGUACUCUCCUACCUUGACCCUUCCGAAGCUAGACAUGCUCAACUUAAGAACCUCAUGUUCUUCAUGCUCAAAUCUUCAAGCAGCAGAGUCAUUCCUCAAUUCGAAUCCACUUACACCGAACUCUUCAAUACUCUUGAGAUACAGCUAGACAAAACCGGCGAAGCUCCAUUCAACGACGUCGGUGAACAAACAGCCUUCCGGUUCCUCGGCCGAGCUUACUUCGAAGUCAACCCGGAAGAUACAAAACUCGGAAAAGAUGGCCCGACACUCAUUAACAAGUGGGUAUUUUUCAAUCUCAGCCCGAUACUCACCCUCGGCCUACCGUGGUACAUUGAGGAACCUCUGCUCCAUACUUUCCGGCUGCCGGCUUUUCUGAUAAAGAAAAGUUACCAGAAGCUUUACGAUUACUUCUUGUCAGCUGCAACUACAGUCAUCGAGCAAGCAGAAAACCUAGGGAUCCCAAAAGACGAAGCAGUAAACAAUAUCUUAUUCGCUGUGUGCUUUAACACAUUCGGUGGGAUGAAGAUCUUAUUCCCCAGUACACUCAAAUGGAUAGGCCUUGCUGGUGAAAAUUUACAGAGCCAGUUGGUGGAGGAGAUCAGAGGUGCGAUAAAAUCCUACGGCGACGGGAAAGUGACAUUGGCGGCGAUAGAGCAGAUGCCGUUGAUGAAGUCCGUCGUGUAUGAGAUUCUUAGGAUUGAUCCACCGGUAACUUUCCAAUAUGGAAGAGCUAAACGCGACCUUACCAUUGAGUCACAUGACGCUGUUUUCAAUGUGAAAGAAGGUGAGAUGUUAUUCGGGUACCAACCAUUUGCAACGAAGGACCCGAUAGUGUUUGACAGACCUGAAGAAUUUGUCGCUGAUCGGUUCGUUGGGGACGGAGAAAAGCUGUUGAAGUAUGUGUGGUGGUCAAAUGGGGCCGGAGACGGAGAUUACAACGGUCGAAAAUAA